AUGGCGUCCCUUUUUACAACUUCAGUCACCCAUCUUCCAUCUAGGCUCACUUCCACCCAAUUCACCAUGGCUGAACCAGAGACUCUGAAGAUAGUGCAGACCACCAUUGCCAAGCAAUUGUCAAUCGAUGACGAUGAGACUACUGUUGCCCCAGCAACCAAAUUCGUUGAUCUUGGUGCAGAUUCCCUUGACACCGUUGAGAUUUUAAUGGCUUUGGAAGAACAGUUUGGUGUGUCGAUCGGAGAAAGUGGAGCUGAGAACAUCUCCACAGUUCAAGACGCUGCUGACCAAAUUCAGAAAGUAAAAGCAGCUGAUGCUUAA